AUGUUUGCCCUCGUCACCUCCUCCGCGGCCGUUCGCGCGAACGCGCCGGCGCAAUUCAAGCGCAACGUCUCCGCGCGCGCCGGAUUCAAGGAUUCCGUCGCCGGCAAGUCCAACUGGAACGCCUACGAAGGCUCCGACGAGAAGACGCUCUCUCCCGAGGAGCUUCGCGCGAAGAACGCGGCCGAGGAGAAGGAAAUCCAAGCCCGUCGCGCCGCCGCCGCGAAGAAGAUGGAGGAAGAGCGCAAGGCUGCCGGCAUGUAAGCGCCGCCUCGCCGUCCAUCGCGACCGGCGCGCUCGUCGCGCCGCUCGCGCGCGCUCGUCGCGCCGCCGUCGUCGUCGCGCGCCCGCGUCGACGCGCGACGCCUCGAGGCGUCGCGUUUUAUUCGCGUUGUAACCGACGACGAACGCGUACUUAUCAUCACGAUCGCGUCGCGCGCGUCCCGUCGUCCAAUCGUCGAAUCGUCGAAUCGCGGCGCGCGCGCGCCGUUUGU